UUUGAUGCUACACGUGAGGUUUUAAUUAAAUGCUCAGCUUCACCGCACACCCACAGAGGAGAAAUUCUCCUGUUUAUGUUUUCGUCCGUUACGUUGCACACCUACAAAGCUGGGCAAGCUUACAGACCGGAAGAAAUCACUGCUAUCACAUCAACACCGACGACGGUUGCUGUUGCCCAGAGUGCGGCCCAGGCAAGAGCCCGUGACCGCCACAUCAGGCACCAUGAUGGAAGGGGGCAUGCAGCUGCUCAACCGUGAUGGCCACAGCAUCUCGCACAACUCGAAGCGCCACUACCACGACUCCUUCGUGUCCAUGAACAGGAUGCGACAGCGUGGCCUGCUGUGUGACAUUGUGCUCCAUGUCUCCAACAAAGAAAUCAAGGCGCAUAAAGUGGUGCUGGCAUCCUGCAGCCCCUACUUCCACGCCAUGUUUACCAACGAGAUGUCAGAGAGUCGACAGACCCACGUCACCCUUCAUGACAUCGACCCUCAGGCCUUGGAGCAGCUAGUCCAGUAUGCCUACACAGCUGAGAUUGUGGUCGGGGAAGGCAACGUGCAGACGUUGCUCCCAGCUGCGAGCCUGCUGCAGCUCAACGGGGUGCGGGACGCCUGCUGUAAGUUCCUCCUCAGCCAGCUGGACCCGUCCAACUGCCUGGGCAUCCGAGGCUUCGCUGACACGCACUCCUGCAGUGACCUGCUCAAGUCGGCACACAAGUAUGUCCUGCAGCACUUUGUAGAGGUGUCCAAGACAGAAGAGUUCAUGCUACUGCCACUGAAACAGGUCCUGGAUUUGAUCUCCAGCGACAAUCUCAACGUGCCAUCUGAGGAGGAAGUGUACCGGGCUGUGUUGAGCUGGGUGAAACAUGAUAUAGAUGGACGCAGGCAACAUGUACCUUGGCUGAUGAAGUGUGUUCGGCUGCCACUGUUGAGGCGAGACUUUCUGAUGAGCAAUGUGGAUACUGAGCUGCUGGUGCGUCAUCACUCGGAGUGUAAGGACCUGCUGAUCGAGGCUCUGAAGUACCACCUGAUGCCUGAGCAGAGGGGAGUCCUCAGCAACAGCCGAACGCGCCCGCGACGCUGUGAGGGCGCCAGCCCUGUGCUCUUCGCCGUUGGUGGUGGCAGCCUGUUUGCCAUCCAUGGAGACUGCGAGGCGUACGACACCAGGACAGACCGCUGGCACAUGGUGGCAUCCAUGUCCACCCGGCGGGCACGGGUGGGCGUGGCAGCCAUCGGCAACAGACUCUAUGCUGUUGGAGGGUAUGACGGCACCUCAGACCUCGCAACCGUGGAGUCCUACGACCCCAUCACUAACUCCUGGCAACCUGAGGUUUCCAUGGGAACACGGCGGAGCUGUUUGGGUGUCGCUGUCCUGCAUGGGUUGCUGUACGCUGCUGGAGGUUAUGAUGGAGCUUCCUGUCUCAACAGUGCAGAGCGUUAUGACCCUCUGACCAGUACAUGGACCUCAAUUGCUGCCAUGAGCACCCGAAGAAGAUAUGUCCGAGUCGCAACUCUGGAUGGCAGCUUGUAUGCAGUGGGAGGUUAUGACAGCUCCUCACAUCUCGCAACAGUGGAGAAAUAUGACCCUCAGAGCAACACAUGGACGGCCAUCGCCAACAUGCUGAGUCGGCGCAGCAGUGCUGGGGUGGCCGUGCUGGACGGCAUGCUGUAUGUCGCAGGAGGCAACGACGGCACCAGCUGCCUGAACUCAGUGGAGCGCUUCAACCCCAAGACCAACACCUGGGAGGGAGUGGCCCCCAUGAACAUACGCAGGAGCACCCAUGACCUGGUGUCUAUGGACGGCUGGUUAUACGCAGUGGGGGGUAACGAUGGCAGCUCCAGUCUCAACUCCAUCGAGAAAUACAACCCGCGCAGCAACAAAUGGGUGGCAGCCUCCUGCAUGUUCACACGGCGCAGCAGUGUAGGCGUGGCAGUGCUGGAGCUGCUGAACUUCCCGCCGCCCUCCUCGCCAACCCUCUCAGUUUCCUCCACCAGCCUUUGACACGGGGUCACCGCUUGGCUGAGCUCAGCCUCCGCUGCUACAGCCCAGACUGGCUCUGGGAAGAGACGCAACUGCUC